AUGCGGCCGCGAGCGCAGAGUUAUCACACACUCGACGGACUGUCAGCGGGAAGAGAUGCGGUGGCCUGGUAUUGGAGGCUGGUCGCGGUGGGGAGCAGUUUCAUGAUACUGGGCGGAUACCUGAUGCUGCCGGCGACGUUUGAGAAAGAUCCCAAGUCGUCGCUGAAGGUUGCUGAGGCGGUGGUGGGGAUUUUCGCGGUUGCGCUUCUGGCGGCUGGGUUUUCGUUCACGGCGCUGCUGUGCUUUGCUGUGCGGAAUCCGCUGUUCCAGGCGGAUGCUGUGUUCUUGCCGGCGUUGACUUCGUGUGCGUUGGGGCUUUUGACGGUGUUGUAUGAUUUCCUCGUGUUUUCGAGAUAUACCUGGAAUACGCCUGCGCUGUUGGUCACGGUGGCAGGGGCGUUGUCGACGAUUGUGUAUGGCGGGCUACUCAUAUGGACGCAACGACGGAUCGUGAACAUCAAAGCCAACAGACCGAGCGGCGUACCUCCUCUACAGCCACCUAUCCAGUUGACGCACCAGCAUCGGGAUAGCGAGGCUACGCUGUGGCAGGAACCGUCGUACUAUGAGAACUACACGCGCAACAUGUUUCCCACCGCACACAGGCCUACCCAGCAACCCCCGGCCGGAUACGAUCCCAAUGUCAUUACGGAGGAAGAGAUGCAGCGCCAACAAAUGCUCAUGCUCUUACUCCAGAAGGACCAGCCUUCAACGCCAGAUCCAACGCAAAGCACAUUCCACAUCGACUGGCAAGGUCGAGAUGAUGACGACGGCGCUCCUGAGCAUGGCUACUACGCGCCUCAACGGUCUGCCCAUCCACAGACUGCUUAUCCUGGGCCUUCGCCGUUGAUGCGGCAGAUGACCCAAGACCUCCAGCCUUGGGAUGGUGUUUGGAGGACACCGGCCGCGAUCAGUAAUGGCAUGGCGCGGCCGGCGAGUCGCGAGUUCAGAGAGGCGAGAAGACAAGAGAUUGAGCGGCGAGGGCGAUAA